CUCACUUGUGUUGCGGCCAAGCUGGUGCCCACACAUACCCGCGUCCUGCCCUGCCCUGCCCUGCCCUGCCCUGCCCUGCCCACACACACACACCACCUGGCCUUCACACACACACCUUUCCCCUCCCUCACCUUGCAUCCCCCUGAAGGCAACGCGCUAACAGGUAUCGAUCAUGUAGUGAAGUGUUCCCUCAUAGUGGUUGUUGUGGUGGUGGUGCCGUGUGACCCAGGACGGAAUCUAGUGCCCCCAGUGCCAUUGUUUCGCUUAUAGUGCCACCGCGUGCUCACUGAAGGCGUCUUGAGGUGUUUGUUGUGGCACUCGUCAUACACACGAGUCACACUUCUCAGGAACCAAGGCAAGGCAUCGACUGCACCCCCGCCAAGGACGCCUGAUAUAGAGGCGUGGUGAUGGUGGCGGUGGGUGGUGACGGCGUGGCGGCGUGGGCGGGGGGCGUGGUGCUGGUGCUGGUGCUGGCGGUCAUCUUCAUCGUCUCCUCGGUCCUCAACACAGUGUUCCUCGUCAUCUUCUUUCGCCGGCCCUCCCUGCGCAGCGUGUCCAACAGGUUCAUCGUCAGCCUGACAGCCUGCAACCUGCUAGGGUCGUGGGUACUGCUGCCGCUGGUGGCGGGCGACACCUUCCUGACAGGGUGGCACUCCCCGGCACUGUGCCGCGGCCUGGAUGCCGCCGCCGAGCUGGUGGUGGCCUCGUCGGUGUUCGCCACGCUCCUCAUCGCCGUGGACCGCUUCUUCGCCAUCACCGACCCCCUGCACUACCACAUGCUGGUGACGCGGCCCAAGAGUGUGGCCAUGGUGGCCUCGGGCUGGGCCCUCGCCGCGGCCCUCGCCGUCACCGCUGCACUGGGAGACCUCUCAGACCGGCCCUGGCAGGUGUGUGGCCCGCCCGGCGCGCGGCACGCCAGUCCCUGGACGCAUCGCUCCUGCUUCGUGGUGGCCAACUUGGUGCUGUGCUUCACGGCGCCCGUGGUGCUGCUCGUCUGGAUCUACACGCGCAUCUACCUGGCUGCGCAGCGCAACAGCGAAAGGACGCGACGUAACUCAUUGUGUGGCGCCUCUCUGGACGCCGUGACGCCCUCCCGCGGGCCUUCCAGGACGCCGUCCACACGCUCCACGUCGUCGCAGAUCGUGUCGUCGCUGCGUCACCGCAUCAGCAACGCCUCUCUGUUCCUGCACAAGGAGGAGUCCCGCGCCGCCAAGAUCUCCGUGGUGGUGAUUGUGCUGGUGUUCGUGUGCUGGCUGCCCUUCCACGCGGCGGCACUGCUCCACACGCCCCUCUUCCAGGUGUGGCUGCCGCGGCCUGCCUGGAGCGUCGUGAUGAUGCUGGCGCUGAGCAACUCGGCGGUGUCGCCCUACGUGUACUUGUACCGCUCCAGGAGGAUCCAGCGGGAGGUGCGGCGCCUGCUGGGGCUACCGCUCAGCGCCACCAAGAUCCAGGGCGGCGGCUCGGGUCGCCGCCGCCAGCUGCCCCGCCCGCUGCAGAUGAUCCCGCCGUCACCCACAGCGCUGGAAGCAAACUUCGACUCCUCGCUCGCCCCGCCGCUGGUCAGGUCCGGCCUCCCGCACCCUUCGCCCUUCACGACUCUCAUCACGAAGCUUUUUCGUGCGAAGGGUUUCGCAGGGGAGCCGUGGCGGGACUCCCUCACCUCAACCAUCUCGUCGUCAACCAUCACGUCGUCCAGCACCAGCAGUUCGGCUGCGUCGGGACAGAGUGAAAACUCCAUCACUGAGAGUGAGAGCAUGCUACCGCGCCUGGCUGGCCCAGAGGCUGGCUCAUGACGCGGCGGCGGCCAGCACAGCCCCCGCUGAACCCUGUUUCGCGGGCGUGCUCGCCACGAUCACGCAAGGCGACGCCCACACGAGGCUGCUUGAGCCCGCUGCCACGCCCCCGGAACUUACAAAUGAGUCAUCCCAUCUCAUGGUUACUCAGGAACCAUUUGCCGAGGCCCUUGAACCCCUCACACCCACCCCGCCCCCACUGCCACCCCCACCUGAGUCCCCUCCUCCCACCACAAAGCCUCAGUCACCCUCACCAGUGGACACAGAACCCACCUCAGAACUCCCACCCGCCACGCUAGACUAAGAGGCCACGCGCCGCCACUCCCCUGCAGCAGCCCGGGCCCUCACCAGCACCAAGGGGCAAACACUCACACUCAAACUCCCAGACACCGGCGCGCCCAGCAUCUUCCCCCGGCCUGUGUGCGAGCCGUGAAUCAGUGUCGGUCACGAGCGGCACUUGCCAGGCAAGCUUGGCAGAGGCGCUUCAGGUCACAACAGACGGUGUCCCCGAGGCCCGGGCCGCGGCCCACACGCUGGGGAGGCGACGCGUGGAGGCCAGCAUGACCAAACUGUGUGUGUGUGUGUGUGUGUGUGUGUUCCCUCAGGACGUGUGUUGCGUUGUGACGUCGACACAACUUUGCAACACAGGAAAUCGCGGGACUGUGCCUACAGAAAGGGUCCUGGAUAAUUGUUACUAUUAUUAUUAUUAUUAUUAUUAUUAUUAUUAUUGUCUCCCCAUGAGAAUUAUAUAUACGAAUACAGCUUAAAACCAUUCCUCAACAACACACCAACAGCAACAUAACUCUUCCUCUUCCUCUUCCUCCUCCUCCUCGGGGACCAGAGGUUAAACACUAUCACACAUUACAACAAUCACGUCACUAUUUUGUCGCUGCAGUCGAGAAAAGAAAUGAACUCCCACGCACAUGUGCUUAAAGAACAACAAAUCCCCUUCUAAUGACAAGGUAUAGUCCCUGUGUGUGUGUGUGUGUGUGUGUGUGUGUGUGUGUGUGUGUUGACCCGGCUCUGUGUUGCCGCGAUCUCUGUACAUAAAGAUAUAAAGUUUUCUAUUUGUUUAUGAAAAAGAAUAAAUUGUACAUACAAAACAAAGUAUAUGUGUUGCCUUUGAGAAGGAGCUGGAGUUACAUGGCAAGGAGCUGGUGCAACGUGUGAAUUACCAGGAAGAUUAUAGUCGUCGCAGUAAACUUCAUAUCAGCGGACUUGAAGAACAACCGAAUGGGGAAACUUGGGAACAAACUGCUGUGUAAGUCUCAACUCUGCUUUAAGGCACGCUUCAACUACCAUCCGUGAACCCUAAACGAGGUAACAGUUGUUCCCUCACAUCCUCGAGCAGUAGCUGUCAGACUCUAAAAGCUUUGCGAUAGUAAAGUAGCGAUGUAGAACACCAAAAAAGUUGAAAGGCACUGGAAUAUAAAUUAGUGAAGACCACUGUCCUGCAUCUCAAGACAUUAGACUGAGCCAAAUGGAUAUCUGAAGGAAGAAUACUGCAUUAUUGAAGCAUAUCAGACGAAUAAUUAAAGAGAAAACUACUCGUCUCGAUGGGGAUGCUGACGGGUAGGUAAUGUCCUCCACUUUCCUGCUGGGGAUCAGUCAGUCACGACGAGCGCCCGCCUCUUCACACCACCCGAGCUGCUCCCUCUCCACAUCAAGCGGCGCCCGUCUGUCCAUCACCAGGACCGCCCCUUUCCCAUCGUGGACGUCCCCUGCCGAGCCCGACGCUCACGCCAGCUCCUGCUUCUCCUCCUCCAGCAACCAGAGAAUUAUGUGUAUUCCCCAAAUCUCCCUUGUGCCGGUAGCUAGUUAGAUUAGAGGCAUACAGCCUGUCAGUCAUUCAUUUUUAGUACUCCGCUAACCUUUGAUAAGUGAAACUAAAUACAUAUUUAUAUACAACCUUACUGUGAGUGUUAUCAUUUGGAGCCUGUUUUCCUGUUCAUUUGAGAUUACUGAACC